AUGCAGUUCACGUUCUCUGGGGUUACUUCAGACCCGAUUAAAGCGACAAUGAUUACUAACACAAUUAUUGUUGUCCUUUUCACCACACUGGUGUUUGGUUGUCUCACAAAACCACUUGUUAGAUAUCUUCUUCCCCACCAUGUAAGAAGGAUAGACACCAGACAUGAAGAAUCAUCGGGGUCGCGGUCACCAGUUGGGGAGUUGGAUCUACCUUUGCUAUCCUUUCAUGAGUCAACAGAAACCAACAUUAGCCGCGCAAAGGAAAGCCUAUCUAUGUUAAUAGAAAGUCCAGUGUACACCAUACAUUACUAUUGGAGGAUGUUCGAUGAUGCCUACAUGAGACCUAUAUUUGGAGGACCUUGCUCUAACCCUAACCCUUCAGAGUUCUAG